AUGCGUCUGGAGACCCGGGAAGAGAAGUUCUCUUUUAUUUUUAAGCUUCUGAAUUAUCCAAGUGGAGUCUGCCAGCGGCAAAACAGUUCUCCUUUUUAUGUUGACCACAAAUUUCAGACCCACUCCAGUAAGCCCCCUGUCAUAGGUUCAGAGUUUUGUACUGCUUUAUGUGUUAGAGCAGACAGGGUCAGGACAAAGCACAGACGUAAAGGUUUAAUCUGGAAGUCAAGUGUUGAUCUGUUGUGCAUUUCAGCUCCUGAGAGUCGUGUUCAAAAGCCAUUCGUGACACUCGCUAAGUGA